CAUAUAUCAAAGAAAUGUUGCUAUUUAAAUAUACAUAUGUUCAAUAAAAAGAUAGAAUGUGAUAUAGUGAUUUAGUUAAAAAAACAUAUAUAAACCCAAGCAAUGAUAAGUGGUUAGAUAUAUAUGAAGGAUAAAGUAGAGGAUAAAUUUAUAAAUAUAGAUUGUCUUAUGCAUACUCAUUCCACGUAUACAUAUCACAUUCCAAUCAACAUCAGCUUGGUAAAAUCAACCUUGCAAAGCCAUUUUGGUUCUAGCUCGCACGAACUAGACAAAUUUGUUCACUGAAAUAAGUAUUUUAUAAGUUUAUGUACUAAAUUAUAUCUACCUAACAAGUAUUUUAGGAUGGACAAAGUAGCUAUUAAAAUGGGAACGCACGUUAGUUCGUGCUACAUUGACUGGAGUGCUCUGUUUUGGUACUAGAGCUGUAACAACAUUUUUUGUUUGUUAUCUUCUCCUUCCUUAUUAUAAGUUUAUCAUCUUGAGCUUCCAGUCCCUUGCAUUAAGAGUUGCAGGUCAAAGGAGCACCACCCAAGGAAAAGAAAUGGAAAAACAAUAGCGUCCACCAUUGCGACGAACUGAAUUUUCUUGCAGAGACCUCUAACUUGAUUAAAAGAGAUCCAUAUAACAGAAUUUCAAAUACAGUACUGUUUAAGGCUCCAUUAGUAAAAAUUCUAACUUUUCGACAAUACUGUCUAUCUUACCCUGUUCAGCGUUCACUACUCCAGUAGCUAACAUGCCAACAAAGCACAGAAUGAAGCUGAACGUGUCGUGAAAUUUCACUUUUGCACAGAUUUAUGUAUAAAAGUAAAUUUAUUUUAGGAUUGAGGGUGUAAUGAUCAAGUAUGUCCCUUGCAAGCGAGCAAGUACUGGCAACAUAGGUGUUCCUGGAUACUUUUAUAGCUUGAAAUUUAAGCAAGUCUGCACAGAUCUAUGGCCUAUGGGGACUGGAGUCAGCACUGUGAGAUCUCAAUACGCUGAUAGAAAUUUCACAUGGAUUCGGUCUCCAAGACUGAAAACAUCUAGGUGGGUACUAUAAAAUAGCCGUUUUGAUUGAUUCCUAAGUGAUCCAAAGCUUGAAUUCAUCUUAUAUUCUAUCUACCACACCAUCGAACAUGGUGUAGCUCACGGUAGUCCCAAUAAGUGUAGGAGUAUCAGUCAACUUUACAAUGGUGCAAAUUUUCAUACCUGGGCACCUCUUGCCCCCGUUUCCCUUCUACAAAUAGGUGAUGAUGCAAACUGGUUUACCAUGAUGCAGUAUAAGCUCUACUAUGCUCAUGGCUAAGGGAAAAAAUUCUCCACCAAAUCUCCAUGGCCCAAAUUACAUUCGAAAUGCAAGCGAUGUAUUUCCCUGCGGAAGAAAAACACUAGGAAUGAUGCUGCUCUCAGUGCUACUUGUGCUUGUUCUCUCAGCAUAUUCUCCUGAGCAGAUUUUCCUUUACCCUCCAAUGCCAGCACACAACUCUCAUCAGACGGCCAUCAACAGUCCUCAUGACAAUGCAAAAGCCUGCAAUCUGUUCAAUGGAACAUGGGUUAGGGAUUUUGGAGGCCCGAUUUACACUAACACAACAUGCCCAACGAUACCAGAGGCAAGGAACUGUGCAAAGUACGGAAAGCAAAUGGAUUAUGUAAACUGGAUGUGGAAACCGCAUGGUUGUGCCAUGGAAAAAUUCGAACCCCAUCUAUUCUUGACUAUUGUCAGAGGGAAGACAUUGGCUUUUGCUGGGGAUUCGAUUGCACGGAACCAGAUGGAAUCAUUGCUCUGUUUACUGUCUCAGGUAGAAGCACCAAUCAGAGUUAGUAGUGACACCAAAGAUAAAUUUGUCACCUGGAACUUCAGGUCUCAUAACUUUACUCAUGGUUCUUUGGACCAAAUUCAUAGUAGAAGAUUCUCAAAGACAAAUCAAUGGUACAAGGAUAACAUCACAAGCUUCAGUGUCCCUAUGGCUAUUCAGAGGGUAUUUCGAACAGCGCUAAAAAAUUUGAAAGAGAGCCAGGAGUGCAGAUUGCAAUUGACAGUGGUAAGAACAGCAACAUCAGCACAUUUUGAAAAUGGUUUGUGGAAUACUGGAGGAUCUUGCAAUAGAACUGAACCACUGAGAGAGGAAGCAAUGAUUGAUCAAACUGAAUGGGCAAUAAGAAAUGCACAGGUUGAAGAGGCUGAUAGAACAAAAAAGAACAACGGCAAGGGAGGGGUGAAAAUAGAGAUUAUAGAUAUAACCAAAGCUAUGUCAAUGAGGCCUGAUGCACACCCAGGACCAAUUGAUAUGUGGAAUGAGCUACUGCUUGCUGUGCUUAACAAAUAUAAGAACAGCUUGGAAGAUCAAUGA